AUGAAGAUAGAAAGGUUUCAGAUGGACUGGCAUACUAAAGACAAUGGUGUUGACUAUGGGUUAUUUCUGAUGAGACACAUGGAAGAUCGCAGUGGUGAAGUGGAGAAGUUAGAUGCUGAUUUUCUGCCUGAGUGUACCAGUCAAAAGAUGCAAUUGUCUGAAAUGAGGAAGAAAUAUGUUUGUAAGAUGUUGUUGUCAGACAUGAAUUUUUGCAAAGCUUCUUUUGUUACAACUCCUGAGGAUUACGAUAAUCUAUCAAGCUACAAGAGGAAGAAGAUUUACACUGAAAGUCAUUUACAUGAAGUUGAAGUCAGGGUUAAAGCAAUAGGUGUUCUCUGA